AUGAAACCAGCUCCAAAGAUGCAGGAUGAAGAAGCCGGCUCUUCAAGUUGUGACUUGAACAUAAUUGUCGAAGGAAAACAAUACGGUGCCCAUUGGUACAUCUUACGCGAGAAAUCCAAGUUUUUUGAGGAAUUUUAUCGCCGAAAAAAUGGAAGGAAAAAGUCUAUUGACGGGACCAAAACGUGCGUGCAUUUGCGAGGAGUGAGUUCGAAGCUAGUAGGCCUGUUUUUACAAUAUGUCUACACGAAUAGCUCAAAAAAUGAUGAACACUUUCAACUUGAUUUGAAGGAGAUUAAUGACGUUCUCAAAUUUAGCAUAAUGUUUGGAUUGAAAGAUUUGGAAAUGGGAAAAAGUACGGGUUUGGACGUGGAAGCACAGCUAGGUUCUUCAGAAAUAAAAGCGCAGCGAAUGAGCGAACUUCACAGGAAUUUAUUGCUGUUUCUAUACGCCAAAACUGCAGUGUACAAGACAAGUGAUAUAGCAAAGUUUGUGGCACACAAAGCGUACACAACCGCAAACAUGGAAUGUCUUUUUGAGGUAUUGAAAAUUCUGAGUUGUAAUGGUGAGAAGAUGGCGAUGCGUCUCAGACUGCUGGAUAUUCUGAUCACGUUGUUCACGGUUAGUUUGGAUCAAGAUGUGAUAGAAGUUGAUAUGAAAGGACCUGAAGUGGUUGCAAAGGAUUUUAAGCCUGGCAGGUCUAAGGAGUUUGAUACUCAAAGUACAGGUAUAAAUACAUGAAGUUUUUACAUUGAUAGCAUUUGGUUUACUGUCCGAAAUGGUAUUAUGGUAUUACCUCUAUGACUGCUCCGUUCGACCUGCCAAACAGCGCAGGCUUUUGUCGGGUAUUCCAGUUCCCUUUAUAUUAGCUAGACCGGAGAUUUCCCUUACUGGAUCUCAUGGGAGAACAGUUUUGGAACUGAUAAAGCUAUCCAGUAUAAAUAAAUUUAGUUUAAUUUCGGUUUCAACACAGGACUAGAGAUGUACAUUACUGGACCCGCUCUAGGAAGAACAAUUUUGAACUAACAUACAGACCCAUCCAGACGAUCAAGUAUUAAUGAGUUUGAGUUUAUCGAGUUUCUCACUUAUUGGUGAGUGGAUUUUCCAACAAGCUACUGCCCAAUUAAUUGAUAAGAUCUGAUAAGGGGUCCGAGAUACCUGCGAUUUAACGUCCUUAUCAGAGAAGACGCGAAAGUGUCACCAUUUACCAAUGGCAAUGUAGGAAAGAUAGCUCUUUCUCCUCAAUUACUUUAAGACCUUGAGUAGAGGUCCGACCGAGGCUUGAAUCCGGGUCUUCUAACAAGAGGUUGUUAUAUUAAUCAACCGGUGACAGAAGUUCCGAAAGAGGAAUGCAUAUCUUCGCCAGUCCUGGUACCUUUAUCCAAAGUUUUAAUUAACGAUAAAACAAACCACACCUAAAAAGUAAUCGCAACCAAGCAACGUCUUCAGGUACUGGAAAUCUUCUUUCAAUUUUGCGGAUUUCAUUCCAGAAAAAAAUUUAAUCCUUUCCACUUUGGUUAUAAUCUUGUUAUCAAGUAUCACCUUUUAAUCUGAUAUCACGGUUGCCGAAACUUUUGUUUUAUCAGGUUUAGAAUUCGAGUAGGGAUCGUAUUCCCGCUUGACGUCACAGGUAUGGUGUUAGGAUUAAGUUUUGCGCGCAUACGGUAAGCGGCGACGUCAGGACGACGGCUAUCAAUCAUAUAGUAUAAAGGAAAUGAAUAAUUAAAAAGUCUAGCAGGGGUUCUGAAGGUUAAAGCUCUGUUUUACUCGUUCGAUCACAGUAGGAAUUUUGCAUAGGUAAAUUGUAUGUUUUGAAGAAUUUGUACGAAAUGUUUGAAGGAACUAACUCAUUGUUAAACACUCAGUCAGUCCCCUCAAACAUUUCUCACAAAUCCUUCAGAACUUAGAAUUUACCUAUACAAAAUUCCUCCUGUGAUCACAGAAACUUUGAUAGUGUGAACUAGCUAGCUUUUGUAUGACCUGAUAUUUUGCAUCUCUUUCAUCAAGGGAAAAUCAAGAAGACGUUGUUUUUGAAACCUGGAUUAGUUACCGAGACUGCAAAUCCGCAGAGAAAUGGUGCAAAAUGUAAACAUUCAAUUGACCACCAAGGAAAUGACACCAACCGAAAAUUCUCACCUAGUCAAAAUUCCAAGAAAGUGAAUGAAAACAAGACUACAGAAGGACGAAACGCGAAUAGCAACAGGAUUUCGAAAGAGAUGACUGAGCGCCAAGGAAAGGGUAAUGACAAUAAUUUUAUGAUCAGUGGAAAAGCUCGUCCCAAACCAAAACGAAGCAAGCAGUUAUGUUCAAAGCCAAAACGUUCACCUGCGAACAGGCGCAUCGCCUUAAUUAAAGAACAUCUUGAACGCAUCAACGAACAUAUUGAACGUGAGAACGCGCAAGGGAAACGUGCUCACGAAGAAAACGCAUCGGCUAAAUCUCGCAUUCCACAAAACAAGUCUGCUGUGCGAGAUAACGGACAAACUAAACGCAUAGGAAACAAAUUUGCGCGCGUUGAUAUGCCAGAAACUCGUGUUGUAAAACAAUCUGUCCGUGUUGAAGACAAUACAUCCCGCGAGGAUAAACACGUCUAUUCUUCUCAAGAACACGUUUUUGGUCAAGAUGGACACGUUCUGUGUGAUGAUGAGCACGGUCUAGACGACGAAGGACACGUUUCAGGUGGCACAGAACACGUUUUAGGCGACGAAGAACACGACGUCCGAGGCAAUAACGAACGUGCUUGUUUCCACGGUCACGUGCACAAUUCCACUCUGACACGUGAAUACAAAGAAGUUGCAUGUGACACAAACAUGAUGAGAAAAGGACAAGUUAAUGAAAUGCUAAAAAGUAUGAAUGAUAUGGAUGAUAGAAUGCCUGAGUCAAACUACGAUCAAGAACCCGCCAUUAUUACGAGAAAGAUUCGCAAAAUGUGGACGAAAGAUUUUCAAACCAAUUUUCCAAUAAUACAAUCUCAAGACGACAAAAAGGCAUACAAUAAAAAAGGUCUGGACCAAAAUCCCAAGAGCGCAUGUAACGAAGGAAUUCCUAACAAAAAUUCUGAAAUAGAACAACAGCCCUUGAAAUGUGAAGAAGUCGUACGGGAAAGAAUUUAUCUUACCGGUGGAAUACAAAAGGAUGAUUAUUUUGCCCACAAAGCCAUUCUUGAGUUGAACACAGAAACGGGGACUUACACAACCCGCGAGGCAAUGUGUUCAGGUCGUUAUAACCAUGGCAUCGCUCAACUGGGAAACGAAAUCUACCUUGUCGGAGGCAACUCGGGUUUCUUCGAGCAGCUACGUAGCGCCGAGAGCUACUCUCCGGAACACGAGCAGUGGACGAUAAAACCUAGCAUGCACGAGGCACGUGAUGAAUUCUCAUUGGCUGUCUGCGAUGGAUCUUUGUACGCCAUUGGUGGACACAAUGGUAUCCAGGACUUGCGUAGUGUGGAGAGAUUCGACGCGCGGGAAAAUUCGUGGAGGUUUGUUUCUCCGAUGAGGAAUUAUCGAGCUGGGGCUUGCGCAGUUGCUGUCGACAAUAGGUAGGUUGAUAAGUUGUCAGUUACACUUAAGUAACUAUUUUUACACUAAAAAGCUCUCCAUUACUUCUAAACUGUUCUCUAUAGAGGUUUAGUAUUAAGAGUCGUCCACUGUGUACCACUGUGAAACUAGUUUAGUUAGUUUACUUAUUUUUUUAUCUUUUUCAUUCCUUAGAUCUAUUUACGUUAUUGGAGGCUUUAAUGGACAAACAUAUCUCACGAAUGUGGAACAAUAUGAUGUCACUGCUGACGUAUGGAUCGAAAUCCAACCGAACAACAUCAAGCGCGCUUACUCGUGCACAGUCCUUUUUGAACACGGUAUCUACAUUUUUGGCGGGUUCGAUGGCCAAUCUGCGCUUUCCUCGUGUGAAAUGUACGAUAUAAAAGCGGGAGCUUGGGAAACUCUCCCAGACAUGCACACCCCCCGUAUGAACGCGACAGCAGUGGCAUAUACAGGGGGGUUGUUCGUAUUUGGUGGCGAAUGCGACAGCGUGUUUCUCGAGACUGUUGAAUGUUAUAACAUGAAGAACAAGACAUGGAGUUUCGUACACCGCUUACCUCAACCGAUGGCCGGACUGCGGGCUUGCGUAUACAUUAGAGGAAACAGAGACUCAAAAAAUAGUGGAAAUUAG